CCCAGCAUCUCCUGGAGCGAUCUAGCAGAAGUGAUGCCUAAAAACGCGAGUGUUUCUCAGGUGUCUGCAGAACAGCUGCUGCACACAUCAGCUUCUGAGAUGAAGGAUACGCAGAAGACAGGUAUUCUGAAGGAUGCUGAUGCUCCCUUUGUUCCAACGGUCACUGUUGUAGCUUCAGCUCCAGAUCUCAAGUGGAUGGUCCUGUCGACUGACAUCUCCUCAGUGUCGCCCUGCAGACACGAGAAACCACAGAGCUCGUCUCACUCCACAGAUGCCAAACCAGCUCAAAAGACCUUCACUGGCCGGAGGAAGGGGGUGAAAGAUCAGCUUUCUCCAGAGGAAGAGGAGAGGAAGAGGAUCAGAAGAGAAAGGAAUAAACUCGCAGCUGCCAAGUGUCGAAAUCGCAGACGAGAACUAACCAACAGCCUCCAAGCUGAAACCGAUAGUCUCGAGGAGGACAAAGCAGCUCUGCAGUCUGAGAUUGCCAGUCUGUUAAAAGAGAAAGAACGACUUGAACUCAUCCUCUCUGCUCACAAUCCCCAUUGUAAACUCACGGAGGAAGAGGUGGCAGAGAGUGAGGAACAAACCCAAGCCCAGGAGGAGCAGAUUCAAGCUCCUAAUGUCUGCCCAGAUCAGGCACCCACCUCCCCUCAACAGGCCGACCCCACCAGCACUGCGAUCUUUGGCGACUCUGAUGUCCUUCUGUGUUCCAGUGCCGAACUGGGAGCCGCUGAGGUGGAACCGUACAUCGAUAUGCGAGAUGUGUCCAUGAAAGACAUUAGCGACAUGAUUGACAGCGGCGAUGACAUGGAUCUGUUAGUGCCAGAUAUCGACCUUACUAGCUCUCUGGGCCUAAGCGAAUGGGAGACCCUUUACAUGUCAAUGGGUGGCGGGUUGGAACCACUCAGCUCGCCUUCAUGCAGCCCCACCUGUAGCAGCACCAACGCCGUGCCCGUCUUCAGCUUCAACAAUGCAGAUGUGGAGAAGCAUGACAGUGUCAAAGAGGGCGAAUCUAAUGCAGCCAAAGAAAUCUUGACGACUUUAUGAAGCU